AUGGCUUUUAAGUUCGUCGUACUUGCUUGUUUCGUGGCCGCUGCCAGCGCUGGUCUAGUUCCAGCACCAGUAGCCUAUUCUGCCCCAGCAUUCCAUGCUGCUUCACCAAUUUACCACGCUGCUCCCGUAGCAUACGCUGCCCCCGUUGCCAAGUACGCAGUGGCUCCGGCAGCUAAGUUGGCUGUUGAAGAAUACGACGUGAAUCCUCAAUACAGCUACGCCUAUGAGGUCCAGGACAGUCUGACCGGUGACUCCAAGAGCCAACACGAGAGUCGUGACGGUGAUGUCGUCCAAGGCUCCUACUCCGUCGUCGACCCUGAUGGUACCAAGCGCACUGUUGACUACACAGCUGAUCCUCACAACGGUUUCAAUGCUGUAGUCCGUAAGGAAGCCAUCGGCGUGAAAGUAGCAGCUCCUGUAGUAGCUAAGGUAGCGCCUGUUGUACACGCUGCUCCUCUUGUACACGCGUAUGCUGCACCAGCCCAUGCAUAUGCAUCUCCUAUCUACCACCAUUAA